GACUCAGAGGCGAGUCCCGGCUCGGAUGGUGAGGGUCUGGCUGAGAGGACGUCCUGCUCCUUCGGCUCACCAGCUGACCUGGCCCCAGGCGCCUGCGACGCCUCUCCCUCUUCUUCCAUGGAGGAGAUCCAGGUGGAGCUCCAGUGUGCUGACCUCUGGAAGCGUUUCCAUGACAUCGGCACAGAGAUGAUCAUCACCAAGGCAGGGAGGAGGAUGUUUCCAGCCAUGAGAGUAAAGAUUGCAGGCCUGGACCCCCAUCAACAGUAUUACAUUGCUAUGGACAUCGUGCCUGUGGACAACAAGAGAUACAGGUAUGUUUAUCACAGCUCCAAGUGGAUGGUAGCAGGAAAUGCUGAUUCUCCGGUGCCGCCGCGAGUUUACAUCCAUCCAGACUCGCUGGCUUCAGGAGACACCUGGAUGAGGCAGGUGGUCAGCUUCGACAAGCUCAAGCUCACCAACAAUGAGCUGGACGACCAAGGCCAUAUCAUCCUCCACUCCAUGCACAAGUAUCAACCUCGUGUUCACAUCAUCAGGAAGGACUUCAGCAGUGAACUGUCUGCUAACAAACCGGUUCCAAGCGGGGAGGGAGUUAAGACCUUUAGCUUCUCUGAGACCGUCUUUACAACCGUCACUGCCUACCAAAAUCAGCAGAUCACCAGACUAAAGAUUGAUCGCAACCCCUUUGCCAAAGGAUUCCGGGACUCGGGCCGAAACAGAACUGGCCUGGAAGCGAUCAUGGAGACGUACGCUUUCUGGAGACCUCCUGUGAGGACCCUCACAUUUGAAGACUUCACCAACAUGCAGAAACAGCAAGGUGGAAGCACAGGGACGUCUCCCACCACCUCCAGCACAGGAACACCUUCUCCAUCUGGUGCAGCACAUCUCCUUUCCCCCUCCUGCUCCCCUCCAGCCUUCCACCUGGCCCCGAAUACUUUCAACGUUGGCUGCAGAGAAAGUCAGCUUUGCAACUUGGGCUUAUCGGAGUACCCGGCGUGUGCUCGAAGUAACAUGGCGGCUCUGCAAGGCUACAGCGGCCUGGCUGACAGUUCUUAUGGCCGUCUCCAGGCUGCAGGGGGAGCGGUGGCCUCUGCCCAACCAUCUGAUUCGUUCUUGCCACAAAGGACUUCUUCCCUGAUUGCUGCAGGUAUGCAGGGCAGCACUCACGGCUCCUUGACCGGCAGCGGAAGCGGCAGCAGCUCUGGCAGCAAGAUGGACGCCUACGGGAGUCAACUCGGCUCUUUCCCUGCCUCUCAGCUUCAGUAUGUGAUGCAGGCGGGAGGAAGCUCCGGUUCUGCCUCAUCCUCUUCAUCAGGGUCAUCUCCUUCCUCUGCCCACAUGUUCAGCGGCAGCCACCACCACGUGCAGCAGGGAUCUUACAAUGCUUUCUCCCUCCACAACCCUUACAACCUAUAUGGAUACAACUUCCCCACCUCUCCUCGCCUGGCUGCCAGCCCUGAGAAACCCCAAGGAGGGUUACUCUGCUCCUCCGCUCCUGCGGGCGCCUUUGCCGAGCGCCAGUACCUGCCCAAUGGAAGCAUGGACACGAUGCACAUGAUUGGCAACACCACGAGCAGCCAGCAGGGCGGCAGCUCCUGCGAUGGACGUCAGUAUGGCUCUUCUCAGAUGUCCAUGCACAUGGUUUAAAAACCUCCGCCUGCUCCAUGUUGUCAAACAUACAGUAUUUCAGGUGAAAAUCAAAGCUGCAGUCACUGAGCCUUGGUGCUGCAGUUACACCUUUUGUUACAUUAACAUUAUUUCAGAAACAUCCUACCACUCAAAAAGCAAGCAGGUGAAAAACACUUAUUUAAUUAUUUUUGUAAAGACAAAAAACAUUUUGACCGCAGCUCAGUGUUUUUACUGUUGAAAGGAAAAUUCGAAUUAGUAUUUAGAGAAGAAAAGGGAAUCCAGAUGCUCUGGUCCAGAAGACAUGUUUAUAUGUUACGGUGCAAUAGUAGAAACAGCUCUUUCGACUCAGUCUUGAUUUUCUAGGAAUUUAAAAAGCCAUCAGUUUGCGCUGCUGCCCUGAAACCAAAGAGUCAUCAUUGUCAUCCAGAGGAUUUUACUUCGAGUGCCGCUUAUGCCGUUUAUGGAGGAAUGUUCAGGAGAACUCUGCCAUGGUCUGAGGUUUAGGACAGAAUGAAAGGGACAACUGGACAAUAUCAGUGAAUGAGUCACUGCCCCACAUCCUUGCUGGAAUUAAGGACCUCAAUGCAAAGCCAGUUCUUUCCAAAAAGUAAAUGAACAGGACUCCACCGUGCAACUUUACCCACCUACCUUACUUAAAAACUGGAAUUCUUCAGAAUGUUUGCAGGAUUCGUCUGAUAUGUAUACAUAUAGUGGAAAAGUAUCUGCCUUCCUAAAGGUUUUUCUUUCUCCUGCUUUUGCUGUUUUAUCACACCUAAAUGUUCCUGAUCGUAUCAGGUGAAGAUAACUUGAGUAAAUACCAAACACGUUUGUUUUUCUUUAUUAAUCUAACUAUAAUCACUAAUAAAAAACUGGAUCUAAUUUAACUAGCCACGCAGGGGAUUUGUUGAAUCAUGAAAGGAUACAAAUAGAAGAUGUUUUACAACAUGACGCAGACAAAGAUAUUCAAGACUAACCAUUAUCUCCUGAUUCAUACAUAUUUAAGAAUAUAUACGAAAUAUCUGAUUGUCUGGUGAGGCUUAGAAAGCAUUGAUUCUCCAAUAAACCAGAAAGAGAGUAAAUCCAUUAAUCCAUAGUCUUCCACUUAUCUGAAAUCGUUGCUGCUAAACAGUCAGAAUCAUUUCAUAAAUUUUCAUAAGACGUGGUAAAAGAAAAUAAAUGUUUCUAUGAGUUUAAAGUUAUCUUAAAGGGCAUGGAUGAAUAAAAAAUAUAUAUAUCUCUUGUGGCUUCAUUUGCCUCAGGUAUUAUUAAUGUUCACAAUGCAAAAGAUAGAAAGAGGCUGGGCAAUUUAUUUUCCCGUAGAUUACUCUGUGACCUUUAGGGCAAAGGAAGACGAACUAUACAAAGCACAGUAACAGGUUCACAUGUUAAGACACAAAGAAAAAGAAAAAAACAUUUAAAGGCAAUGAAUCGGUCAAGUCAAAACCUGGGAUUAAUUCAAUGUAAGAUGUCAUGGCCUGAAAAGAGUGUGGUUUGAUGAAACAGCUGUGUAAAAAAAAAAAAAAGGAUCAUUGUCAGGGAUCUCAUUCUUGGUUUCAGUUGGUAAAACCAGCUAUUAAGUUUUGGGAAUGUUUUUUUUUAUAUAUAUAUAUAUAUAUAGGACCACCUUCAUUUAGAAAUCUUUUUGCCUCAGUAAAUAAACGUACGUAAGAUCUGCACGGUACCUUUACUCAAGUUGCCUGAAUUUAAAAGUAGACACGUUUAGGUGUGACAAAAAAGCAAAAACGGAAGAGGACCGUCAGGAGACAAACACUUCUUCAUGGCAUUAUAUAUAAAAGGAGAAAUGGCAAAUGCAAUCAAUAUUAUAAGCUUAAAAGUGUUUGUGUGAAAUGUUGAAAAAUAAGCAAUACUAUAAGAGAGUAAAGUAUGUUGUGCUGUGUACUAAGAUGUGUAUUUAAGAGUUGACAACUAUAGCAAUUUUGCCUAUCUGUUAUUAAAAUGUGUGCAAAUGGGAAUUAGCAAAGUUAAUCUUUUUUGAGGCAGUUUGGAUUAGCUGUAAAUACAAGUGCCAAGCACAUAAAAAAAAAACAAAUAAAAGUU